AUCUGCCUUAAGUAUAGUAGUAAUAAAGACACCAAUUCUCAAGGAGUGGAAACUGUGCAGUUGUGACUUAACUUUUUGACUAAAAUGUCUUAUUUGAUGCUUGGAAGCAAGAAAUUAGAGGGACCCAAAGAUGGAUUGCAAAGAAUGGGCUUUUUAUGCACAUUUGAUGUACACAAGCAACUCAAUAAGCCUAGAUAAUCAAUUAACAUUUCCUAAAGGGAAUUCUUGAAGCAUAAUCCAAUAGGGUAUAAUAGGUUUUUCUUGAACUUUGCAAGUCAAUCAAUGCCUACCAUCUUCACCACCAAAAUCUCACUUUGCUGCUAAGACAUUACAUUGUGCUUAUAAUUUGGACAACUCUUGCCUAAACACUCCCAAAAUGGAUGAGGACAUGACACUGUUCUGCAUCAUAAUGAAUGAAUGACAUUUAUAGAUGCUAAGUCAUCAUCAUCACAUGGAUCUUGAUAGAUACUUUUAACUGAACUAAUAUCAUAGCUUUGUACUCACAAUCAUAGUAAAAAUUCAAUUGAUUAUUGGGAUGAAGCCCACAUCAAACUAGUAUUUUCCAUCUUGUUUUCAAACUAUAAUAUCUCUAUAGGACAGUCUCUUUUUUUAUUUGUAUAUACCAACCAUAUCUUAGAACCAUCCUAUAUAAAGCCUUCCCAUCAGAAAUUAACAUUCAAGAAAGAAACACCCUUAAAAAAGACACCAUAGAGAAAGAUUCGAAAUAGAAAGCAAGAAAUGAAGCUAUUUUACCCCUUCUUUGCUCUAUUCCAUCUCCUCUUUGUGCUGAUGACAAUUCCAGCAACAGAAAGCCAAAGCUUGAUCAAUUCAACCUGCAAAAACAUCGCAAGAAAUGAUCCGAACAUCAACUUCAACUUCUGCAAAACUUCCCUCCAGGCCGCCCCGGCCAGCAGAUGUGCCAGCCUGCGAGGUCUUGGCAUGAUCUCCAUCAGGCUCGUGCGCUACAAUGUAACAGAUACACGGUGCCACAUCAAGCAGCUAUUGAGAAACAGGAAAUGGGAUCCCUAUACCAAACAGUGCUUGAGCGAUUGCUUCGAGCUAUACUCGGAUGCAAUCCCUUCAGUUAAGCAGGCAAUGAGAUACUACAAUGAUAAACGAUUUGAUGAUGUUAAUGUUCAGAUAACCUCGAUUAUGGACGCUUCCACUACCUGUGAGGAUGGCUUCAAGGAGAGGAAGGGCGUGGUUUCGCCUCUCACUAAAAGAAACAAAGACGUGUUCCAGCUAUCCGCUAUAACACUUUCUGCUAUGCGCGUGAUUCAAAGAGGUACAGGCUGAUCAUUCUACCUAUCUAUGUUUUCAAAAGUUCGAUUGCAUAUACUCUUAGUAUAACAUAUUGGCAUCGACACUAAGUUUUUUGUCGCUAUCGGUAGGUAAGUUUGGUCAGAAUGUACCCUCAAGUAAGAGUUACAUUUUGUGUCUCAUAUUUAUCGACAAGUAAUAUCAUCUGAGUGACUUUUACUGAAUUGUUUCAUGACCUAUGUCACUCUUCUCCUACCCUAUAUGUAUUCUAUUCAUGUUUCUCUAAAUACAGAAGAAGAUUACACAGAAACAUCGAUAUAAUGAAGCUAUUA